AUGUUGAAAACUGAUCGCAACACCUUGCGUGGAUGUUUACUUGAAAACAUAAAAACCAGUAGUAUCCAUAAAGAGAUCAAAGGCCCCGUUCCCAACCUGACCAAACUAAUCUCACACAUUAUCAAGGCCUUCUUUCCAAAGGAACAAGCCUUUCUGGGAGCGUCCUUUGACCCAGCUCAUGUGCCUCAAUCUAGAACACGAAUUGCGUACUUGCGCCUUGAGACCAUACGAUAUGUGUUUGGAACCGAAAAAACAAACAGUGCUCAGUGGGACUUGAUUGAUCCCCAAUUGGAGUUUAUCAGAGGGCAGUCAAUGGAUUAUUAUCGAGCAUGGUCUGAACUCAUAAUCCAAAAAGAUGAUGAACUAUUUGGCACCGGUCAACAAGAAUUUGAGAAAUUAGAUGAGGAGGAAUCCUUUCUACCUACGCAUGAAGAUGUUCUUGAACUUCAAGCUGAACAUCAAAGAGACCGAGAACAACAUAAUCGACAUUCCUGA